GAAAUGAAUACUAUUCCUAUAGUGCAACCUACGGUUGCUGGCCAAGAAGGUGAAGAUAGUCUUUAUCCAAUUGCUGUUCUUAUUGAUGAGCUUCGAAAUGAAGAUGUUCAACUUCGUCUAAACUCAAUCCGGAAGCUUUCGACCAUCGCUCUUGCACUUGGUGUCGAACGAACACGUAAAGAACUCAUUCAGUUUCUAACUGACACGAUUUAUGAUGAAGAUGAAGUUCUUUUGGCUCUUGCCGAACAAUUAGGGAAUUUUACGCCGCUAGUUGGUGGACCUGAGUACGUUCAUUGUUUGUUGCCUCCAUUGGAAAAUUUGGCAAACAUUGAAGAAACUGUCGUUCGUGACAAGGCAGUCGAAUCGUUGCAAAAAAUUGCUGAAAAACACUCCGCAGCGCAGCUCGAAGAAUAUUUCAUUCCGAUGGUACUUCGCGAUUGGUUUACUUCUAGAACUUCAUCCUGUGGAUUAUUUAGUGUAGCGUAUGGACGUGCUAAUCCAGCACGGAAGACGGAAUUACGCGGAGCGUUUCGCAGUUUAUGCCGUGAUGAUACUCCAAUGGUCCGCCGUGCUGCGGCUUCGAAGUUGGGAGAAUUUGCUAAGGUGCAGGAAAGUGAUUUUCUGAAAAACGAUGUUGAUUCCGUGCGUCUUCUUUCUGUUGAAGCCGGUAUUGUGAUUGUUGGUUUGUUACGUGAUGAUGCGACUAAAUUAGCCCACGUGAAGCCGAUAGUUAAAGAUUUAGUUCAAGACAAAUCCUGGCGUGUUCGCUAUAUGGCAGCUGUUAAAAUCGUUGAGAUACAGCAAGCUUUUGGAGACAAAAUUCCGAUUGAGGAGAUCAUUGGUUGGUAUACUGGUCUUCUUAAAGACUGUGAGGGAGAAGUUCGAGAUGCGGCGGCAGAAAAAUUACAAUCAUUUUGUGCGGCAUUACCCGAGGAUGGUCGUAAAAGAGGAAUUACUGAUGAGAUUCUCCCUGUAAUCAAACCAUUAACUACUGAUGCAAAUCAACAUGUAAAAAUUGCUCUGGCUCACGUUGUAAUGGGAUUAGCACCAUUGCUUGGAAAUCAAAGUACAGUGGAACAUUUACUUCCUAUUUUUUUGGCAAUGUUGCGCGAUGAUACACCUGAAGUUCGUCUGAACAUUAUUUCUUCAUUAGACAAGGUCAGUAAUGUGAUUGGUGCGGAUGAGUUGCAAUAUUCUUUGCUGCCUGCUAUAAUUGAUUUGGCCCAGGACGGUAAGUGGCGUGUUCGUCUUGCACUUGUUGAAUAUAUGCCAUUAUUGGCUGAACAACUUGGACAGAAAUUUUUCGAUGAAAAACUGUUAAAACUUUGCAUGAACUGGCUUACUGAUCACGUUUAUGCUAUUCGAGAAGCAGCUACUAACAUUCUUAAGCAACUUGCUGAGAAAUUUGGUGCCGACUGGGCUGUAAAGUCUGUUCUUCCCCGUGUAAUUGAAUUGGCAGCCGACAGCAAUUAUUUACAUAGAAUGACUUGUCUCUUUUGUUUCAACACUUUGGCGGAAGCACUGGGAAAAGAACACCUGUGCAAUGAUUCUGUCCCAAAUGUUCGUUUUAAUGUUGCUAAAACUCUAACACGUAUUGGAAAAGUUCUUGAUGCCCAAACAAUAAAUACUGAGAUCAAACCACUUGUUACAAAGAUGGGCGAAGAUCAGGAAUUUGAUGUUCGCUUCUUUGCAGAAGAGACAAAAGAAGCUCUUGGAUUGGCUUAUUAA